AGAAAUGAAAUGGCGAUUGGCAAAUAUUGUUCAUGAUCGUGGUACAUGAUCAGGUUUUUAAUUAUACUUUUACGAAAUUGUCUUUUGGUUAUGCUUAGUGUUUUUCGGUGUGUAUCAGUUCUAAGGAAUUUUCAUUUUAACAAUUUUCUUUUUAAGUUUAACUCUCGUGGAUAAUGGUGAAUUAAUCGCAAUUGGUAGGCUGGACCACUAGCAGUGACAAAGAUGGCUGAGGUGGAUCCAGAGACUUUGCAUGAAUGGCUGCUAACGGGACAGGGCGAUGAGCGGGAUAUGCAGCUUAUUGCCCUUGAACAGCUGUGUAUGUUGCUGCUCAUGUCAGAUAAUGUAGACAGGUGCUUUGAAAGUUGUCCGCCAAGAACAUUUUUGCCUGCUUUAUGUAAAAUAUUUCUUGAUGAGUGUGCACCAGAUAACGUAUUGGAAGUUACAGCGAGAGCCAUUACAUAUUAUUUAGAUGUGUCAGCUGAAUGUACUAGACGCAUUGUUGCUAUUGAUGGAGCAGUAAAGGCCAUUUGCAGCAGACUGCUCACUGUAGAUUCCAGUAACCGUACUAGUAAAGAUCUUGCCGAACAAUGCAUUAAAGUAUUAGAGUUGGUGUGCACUCGUGAAGCGGGUGCUGUAUGGGAAGGUGGUGGUCUACCGGCCGUGUUGCAUUUCAUCACACACUAUGGCACCGCCGUGCACAAAGAUACACUGCACUCUGCUAUGGCUGUUGUAUCAAGAGUGUGCGGUAAAAUGGAGCCCGGCGAUGCGCGUGUUGGCGACGCGGUAUCCUCGCUGUCUUCGUUGCUACGUCACAGCGACGCCCGCGUUGCUGAUGCCGCACUUCGUUGUUUCGCUUCGCUCGCAGACCGGUUUGCGCGUGCCCAUGCUGAUCCGGCUCCACUCGCAGAACAUGGACUUAUAGAAGAGUUAGUGCGUCGUUUAGGAAGUACCGAGAGCGGCGAUGAUAAAUGUCUCGCUCCAUCUGUUUCUACUACUGUUAGUUUAUUGUCCACACUCUGCCGCGGCUCAGCACAGAUAACACACGAUCUAGUUCGCCUUGAAUUGUGUUCGGCAAUUGAAUCUGCUGUACAGGCUGAUGAAAGAUGGUGUUUGGAAUGUAUGAGACUUGUCGAUUUAUUGCUGGUGUUACUGUGUGAAGGACGACAUGCUAUUCAAAUGGGAUCAAAUCGUGUGGGUUCGAGUUCGAGCGCGGGCGCGGGUGGAUGUGGCGCCAGCGGUGAAGGCAGUAGCGGUAGCGUGGGCGGUGGCGGAGGCGGAGGCGGGGGCGGUGCGGGCGCGCGCGGCGACAAGUCUCACCGUCAGCUGAUCGACUGCAUCCGCGGCAAGGACACCGACGCCCUACUAGCCGCCGUCUCUAGCGGCGCCGUCGAUGUCAAUUUCACCGAUGACGUUGGACAAACUCUGCUCAACUGGGCCGCCGCAUUUGGCACGCGUGAGAUGGUCGAGUUCUUAUGCGAAAAAGGUGCUGAUGUGAAUCGAGGCCAACGCAGUUCAUCGUUACACUACGCAGCGUGUUUCGGACGGCCUGCUAUAGCUAAAGUAUUAUUGCGAUAUGGCGCCAACGCCGAUCUACGAGACGAAGAUGGAAAAACUCCUCUAGACAAAGCGCGCGAAAGGCACGAUCAAGGUCACAGAGAAGUAGCGGCGAUAUUACAAUGUCCCGGAGAAUGGCUUGUAGUUGGAAAUCAUGACUCACCUACUUUAUCCAUUGAAGAUGACUUCCCUGAAACUGGUGAUAAAGAAAUGGCAGAAAUUUAUCUCGAACGGUUGGUGCCAGUAUUCUGCGCGCGUUACCUGGGCGCGGGCGCGGCUGGCGUUAGACGCGCGUGUCUAUCGCUAGUGCGCAAGAUGGUGCACUACGCGCCCGCAACACUCCUACGGAAUAUAUCGUCGAGACGUGAACCGCGUACCGCUGCACUGCUCACGCAACUAGUCGCCGCGGUACUCGAUAAUGCAGAUGACGACGAUGGACACUUGAUCGUACUCGGUAUAGCGGAGGAGUUGAUGGUGAAGGCAGCCGAUAUUUUCUUAGAGCAAUUUGCUCGUCUUGGCGUAUUCAGUAAGGUGGAAGCUCUAGCAGCCGCACCUGCCGCUACUCUCACAGCUGAUGGUGAACCCGUCAAUACAGGCAGUAGCGAAGACGCGUCUUGUCUAUCAAGUGGAGUGGCUUAUUCGUGGGGUGAAUGGUCUGUGUGCCGUGGCCGCGACGCUUUAUACGUAUGGAGUGACGCAGCAGCUCUAGAACUAAGCACCGGCAGUAAUGGAUGGUUCAGAUUCCUACUCGAUGGCAAAUUGGCCACCAUGUAUUCAAGCGGGAGUCCUGAACACCAGACUGAUAACACAGAAAAUCGAGGUGAAUUUAUUGAUAAGCUCCAGAGAGCAAGAGCUUCAGUCAAGAAUACUAUUCCUCAGCCUAUUCUGUCUAAACCAGGACCAGCUAAACUCAUUCUUGGGAAUUGGGCGCUGUCUUGUAAAAAGGAAAAAGAACUUCAAAUACACAACACUGAUGGUCAACAACAAACUACCAUAUUACGCGAAGAUCUUGCUGGCUUUAUAUUUGAAUCCAAUCGGGGCACAAAACACUCCUUUACUGCUGAAACUUUUCUAGGUCCUGAGUUAGCUAGUGGUUGGGCUAAUAGAAGACAAGUCACAACGGAUUUUGCGAGUUCCAGUCAAAAUAGGACACGGUUGUCUGCGAAAACGGAAGCACUUAAAGCGCAGGUAUGCGAUCGUGCCCGCGCAUUAUAUUCACGCCAUCUAGCGAGCGCAGCUACGCGGCAGCCUCGACCGCCUGUAGCCAGACUUCGAGCGCUCUUAGCGAGGAUGCAACGACUUGCUACACAGCCAACGAUUGGCUGGCAGCAAGAAUUGACAGAGUCAUUGAAUCAGUUGGCCGAGCUUCUGUGUGGCGACGAACUUUUAUCUGCGUAUGAGCUGCAGUCAUCUGGCCUGGCGCCAUCGCUGCUCCAGGUGCUUUCGCCACAACCGAAUGACGGUCCGGGUCAGGGUGGCGAGCGCGAGCGUAUAGUGCGUGCGUGGUUGUGCGAGGGCGAAGGGGGCGCGGGCGCGGCUCUGGCCGCCCGGCUGGUGGGCGUGCUGGAGAGCGUCGAGCGGCUGCCGGUACUGGCGCCGCCUGGAGAUGCGCCGCCGCCGGCGCACGGCGCUCUACACCAUCUCACCAAGAGGAUCAGAUUGCGAGUAGAACGAGCCAACGAGGGGAGUACGGAAGAAUCGAACUGUAACAACGGCAAUAACGCUGGCCGCAAUCUUAAAGUGGAAGCGUUGACAACUGUACGCCAGUUAGAAAGGUUUCUGGCCAAAUAUUUUGCACGCCAGUGGUAUGACUUGGAACGUAGCACUUUUAACUUUGUGCAGAAGAUAAAGACCGAAGCGCCUAUCACUUUCACUUACGAUCAUGAUUUCGACGAGAACGGUGUUAUAUAUUUUAUUGGCAGUAACGGUGGUACAUGCGAAUGGGUCAACCCAGGUGCACAUGGACUCGUUAGUGUCUGGUCUUCAGAUGGCAGGCAAUUGCCUUAUGGUAGAGCUGAGGAUAUAUUGUCACGAUCGCCUGAACCGCUCAACGUGCACACUAACGAUGAUAGGCGAGCGUUCAUAGCACUCGAUUUGGGCUUGCAUAUCGUACCGUCCGCUUACACUCUUCGUCAUGCACGAGGAUAUGGACAAUCUGCUCUCAGGAAUUGGCUUUUCCAAAUGUCAAUGGAUGGUGUCACAUGGAGUACACUACUUGCUCAUAGUGAUGAGCAAGCGUUGCAAGAGCCCGGUAGUACAGCCACUUGGAGGUUACGCGUCGAUGCUCCGUACAGAUAUCUUCGUAUCCAGCAGAACGGCAAGAACGCUAGUGGACAAAGUCAUUACUUGUCCCUAUCCGGGCUCGAGUUGUACGGGAAGGUGGUGAGCGUAUGCGAGACAGCUCCCCGUCAAUGCGGUGGAUCAGGUACGGGCGUAGGGAGUACCCCGGCGGGCGGCACUCAGGGUUCUGGGGGCGGGGCGCGGGCGCGGCGGUGGUCGCGCGGGGCGCGGGGGCUGUGUGCGGGGGCGCGCGUGCUGCGGGGCCCCGAUUGGAAGUGGCGUGAUCAGGACGGGCCCCAUCCCGCCAUGGGUACCGUCACAUCCGAUCUACACAACGGCUGGGUUGACGUGAGAUGGGAUCAUGGUGGUCGAAACUCAUACCGCAUGGGAGCAGAGGGCAAGUUCGAUCUGAAGGUAGUUAGCGGUGGCGGUACAAGUGGUGAGGGAGCCCGUCACGGUCGCAAGAGCCACUCUACGCCUAGUCUACCCGAUGCUACUGCUGUGGACCAACAGGUGUCUGUAGCAUCUACGGAACAAGCGUCGUCAGCAGAUAACAUAUCAGGGGAAGAAAUGGCAAGUAACAUGUCUCGACCACGUAUGCACGCGACAGAUCUCUCAGCAAUAAACAACUCCACACACCAUAUCAACACAGAUCUCGCAACAAUAGUUGAGUCGUUAACAUUGGGCGCAGAAAGCAACAACUGCAUGUCAGAUUUGGGCAAUACAUCAUUCACAAACAUGGAAAUGGGACCGACCAGUAUUACUGAUAUCACAAAGCCCUAUCCUGCCAAAGAACCCGUGCCCGAAACAACUACGCAGGAGGAUAAUGAAGCGCGCAACAGUGAGGGUGACGCGGUACGGAAUAGCGCUAACGCAUUGCUGUCUAGUGAGCUUCUUGCGUUGCCGGCAUCGCUCCUACACACCUUGCGGAAUAACGCCAACCGUUUACAUAUACAGUGUGAAGAUAAUGAGAGUGGCGAAGGGCAAUAUGGCGAUCACAAAAAAGACGGACAAUCUGGUACCGGCUCUGGUACUAUGAGUGCCAGCGAACCUGACCUCACGCAGCAGGGUGCGGCUCGUUUGCUAGAAUCAUUGGGAGUAGGGCGCGGUUCGAGUGCCGGUCGUGGUACAAACCCACAAAGGACAACGCGUCCGAACCAUUCCAACAGUCUGUUUCCAAGUCUUGUCCGUCUGGCCUUGUCAAGUAAUUUUCCAGGAGGAUUGUUGUCUGCGGCACAAAGUUAUCCGUCUCUCGCACCAAAUGCUCAAAAUGCGCUUACAUUGUCCCUGACGUCUACUUCUAGUGAAAGUGAACAGGUGUCCUUGGAGGACUUCCUCGAAUCCUGUCGUGCUCCGGCACUGCUCACCGAAUUGGAAGAUGACGACGAAGGCGAUGAUGCGCUUGAUAGUGAUAAGGAAAACGAACCUACAUAUCAGGAAGUAGUAUCACGGAAUUUACUUUCCUUGAUGGAGGAGGAAGCAUUAGAAGCCGUGAGAGGUAAUGGCGGGCAAGGUGUACGAUCGCGACGACCUUGGGAUGAUGAUUUUGUGCUCAAGAGACAGUUCUCCGCUCUCAUACCCGCUUUUGAUCCGCGCCCGGGCAGGACUAACCUUAAUCAGACUGUCGAUCUCGAUAUACCAUUGACCGAGGACUCUGAUUCUGAGGAGGCUACUGAACCAGUGGUUAGUGGUGUCAGUAGCGGUAACGUAAGCGGUGGCGGCAGCGGUAGUGCUAACGGUAACGAGAGCGGAUCGCGUUUGCCAGCAUUAAGACUGGUGCUCAGUGCUGGUGGAGCGUCGUUACCGCUCGAGCGGUCUUCUUGGACCCUGUAUCGAGCGGUUCUUGCGCUCAAUGCUCGAUUGCCAGCUCACGAUACUCACCGUGACACUACAUAUACAUUGACCUAUAAAGAGAUUGAUGGAAUGGAGACAUUCGCUUCAUCAAGUGAUAGUGAAGAUGAUGAGCCAUGUGAUCCAGAAAGUGGUGUUGCGGGUGCGGAAGGUACCGAGGGCGCGAUGGCGACGUGUUGUGUUGGUGUAUUGAGACGGCUGAGAGCGGCGGCGCCGGCGCUGCCAGCGGAGUCGUUUGUGUCCACUAAACUGACCAACAAGCUGCAUCAGCAGCUGCAGGAGCCGCUCACGCUUGCCGCCGCCGCAACUCCGCAUUGGUGUCAACAACUUAACGACUGGUGUCCAUUCCUGUUUCCGCUGGAGACGCGACAGAUGUUCUUUGCUUGUACCGCCUUUGGCACUUCUCGUACUAUAGUCUGGCUACAAGCGCAAAGAGAUAGAGCUCUCGACAGGCAAAGAGCUGGCAACACCGUGUCACCUCGGCGUGCGGAAUUAGAGGCGACGGAGUUCCGUAUGGGUCGUUUGAGGCACGAACGCGUACGGAUACCGCGGCAGCCUGACUUGUUACGUUCUGCUAUGCAGGUGAUGCGUGUGCACGCCGGCCGCAAGUCAGUGCUCGAGGUGGAGUUCGCUGGGGAGGAGGGCACCGGUCUCGGGCCCACGCUUGAGUUCUACGCGCUAGUGGCGGCGGAGCUGCAGCGCGCCGACCUCGCCAUGUGGCUGCACGAUGCGCCGCACGCUACCGACGAAUACGCGCCGUACCACCUCGCGCUCGCCGACGAAAAGCCGCCUGGGUACUAUGUGACGCACGCCGGGGGACUAUUCCCAGCACCACUCCCUCAAGACUCUCCUAUCUGUGAUAAAGUUUGCAAAUAUUUCUGGUUUUUAGGAGUAUUUUUAGCUAAGGUUCUGCAAGACGGUCGUCUCGUGGAUUUGCCGCUGUCUGAGCCAUUCUUAAGAAUUAUGUGUGGCGAAGAACUGACGACAGAGCAUCUCGAAGAAGUUGACCCGAUUAGAUAUAGGUUUUUACAAAACGUGCUGGCAGCAGCUGAGAAGUACGAAGUAAUAAAUCGCGACACAUCUCUGACUCAUGAAGAGCGCGAAAGGAAAGUGAAUGCCCUGACGGUAGAGGGGGCCACAUUCGAACAGUUGUCUCUUACGAUGACUCACGUGGCCGCGCACGCUGAUCCUUCAGUUUCCGUGCAACCACUCUGCGAUAGCGGGGAACACAUUGAGGUGGGAGCUCACAACGGACGCGCGUACGCAGAGGCAAGCGCGCGAUGGAUGGUGCGCGACGGUGUACGGCGUCAGACGGCCGCGUUCCGGAGCGGUUUCGGCGCCGUGUUUCCGGCACGGCGUCUCCGGGCCUUCUGUCCGGCGGAGCUGCGCCUGCUGCUGUGCGGCGAGCGUGGCCCCGUGUGGACCCGCGACCAUCUGUUGCAAUACACGGAGCCUAAGCUAGGAUACACGCGCGACAGUCCUGGGUUCCUGAGGCUGGUGGAUGUUCUGGUCGAGAUGUCAGUGCGUGAACGAAAGGCCUUCCUACAGUUUGCCACCGGCUGCAGUAGUUUACCACCGGGCGGGCUCGCUAACUUACAUCCAAGACUCACCGUUGUGCGAAAGGUGGACGCAGGCGACGGUUCAUAUCCAUCGGUUAACACUUGUGUUCACUACUUGAAGUUGCCCGAAUAUUCGUGCAAGGAGGUGCUUCGCGAAAGGCUGCUCGCCGCUACCAACGAGCGCGGCUUCCAUCUCAACUAG